AUGGCAAAUUCCGGUGAGAACAUGGGCAACUUGUCCAGGUCGUCGUCGGCGUCCAAGGGAGUCAGAAACAUGAGCAUGAAUCCGGGUGUGCAGGCAAAGUUGAUGGCCUUCCAGGCAAAACGGAAACAGCAAAUGGAACAGUCGAAACAUGUUGGGUCACAUGAGAAUUCUGAGAUGUCCGAUGAUGACACUGCAGUUAUUGAUGGUGGUACUUUAAAUGCCAGUACGUUUAACAAUUCAAAAAUCAUUAAUAACGAUAAUAAUUCUAAUAAUAAUAAUAAUAAUAACAAUGAUGUUAAUAUCUAUAAUGGCAACAAUGUUAGAGAAAUGGACAAUUUAUCACUCAAUACGGUGUUGAAAAAUAGCGUGGUACAGUCCCAAUCGUGUAUGGGUUCACCUUCAACUCCUGUGAGUGUCAAUUCUGUUCCCUUUGACUCUCCAGUUCUCUCUGCUAACGACGAAAGAGAAGCGUUAUCCAGAAGGACCAGUUUCAGGGUCAACAAUAGCAAAUCCAACAGUUUUAAUACCCAGCAAAAUCUUAACGAUGAUGGCAUAAUAAGAAGAACUUCAUUCAGACUUAACAAACAGAAUUCCACAAAUUCAAGUACCACUGUUUCUGAUGAUGGCGAUAGGCUUGAUUACUCACCUGUUAAGCAACAUAAACAGCAACAGCAAACACAGGACGAUCAACAACAAAGCUCGCUAGUGCAUCAGAUAUCACACGGACAACACUCACCUCAACAAAAUAAACAGCAUGAUCUGGACCAGAAUCAACAACAACAACAGCAGCAGCAGCAGCAGCAGGCUCUUCCAGCGCUAUAUCCAUUAAAUAAAUCGCUUUCCUAUUUAUCCAGAGUCCAUCAGUCUCAUUCCAGCUCGUCAAGUGUCGAAUCUCUAGGUAGUUUCCAGCCUCCUCAAAGCUCAUUACCUCCCCUACCUACGUCUACCCCACCAACCGAAACUUCUCAAGAUUCUAGUGGUGCAACUCUCAACACAGAUACCCCUCCUUUUCUACAAAACGCCGAAAAUAUCCUUAAGAGCAAGAGUUUAUCUUCCACUCACACAUUAUCUGCAGGUAACGUAUCUUCCACUAAGUUGAAAUCUAAAAUCCCGUUGUCUCAGAGGAGAGGUAUGAAGCUCAAUUUGAGCUCUUUGGAUGGUUCUACGGGGUCUGUAGAAAAUAAACCAAAUCCUUCCUCAGAGAAGCCCAAACUUAUAUCCACAUCAUCCUCAGAAUCUAUCGACUCUUUGGAUCCGAAACCUUUCACAGUUGAUCAUCUAAAGAACAAAAUGAAAAACAUUAACAUCAACAACCGUUCAAACAUGGAUAGGUUGAGAGACAAUGCUCGUCCUGCUGCUCGUAGAAAUCCAAUGAACCUCAACCUGAAUAGUUUAAAUUUGAAUGCAAACAAUAAAAGCAGUAAUACUGCUAUGAAUGUUAAUAAUAGUAGCAGUAUUAAUAAUACUAAACCAAAGUUGAGCAAGUCAUUAAAUAGGGAAACUGGAUUCACUCCAUUUGCCAAAUACAUUGAUAUUAAGUCGGGUUCGUUGAACUUCUCGGGAAAAGCCUCCCUUCAUUCUAAAGGUAUUGAUUUCUCAAAUGGGUCUUCCUUCCACAUCUCGAUGGACGAUCUUGAUAUCUUGGAAGAAUUGGGUCAUGGUAACUAUGGUGUAGUUUUCAAGGUGUUGCACAAACCAACGGGCAUUGUGAUGGCUAUGAAAGAAGUGCGCUUGGAGUUGGAUGACGCAAAGUUUCGACAGAUUCUAAUGGAACUCGAAGUCCUACAUUCCUGUAAUACUGAUUGUAUUGUGGAAUUUUAUGGAGCCUUCUUUGUCGAAGGUGCCGUUUACAUGUGCAUGGAGUUUAUGGAAGGAGGAUCUCUCGACAAGAUCUAUGGAUCAGGAAUUCCUGAAAUCUCUUUGGCUUAUAUCACCAAAAGAGUUGUUACUGGUUUGAGGGUGUUGAAGGAGGAACACAAUGUCAUCCAUAGAGACGUUAAGCCUACUAACAUGUUGGUCAACAAAAACGGUGUUGUCAAAUUGUGUGACUUUGGAGUAUCUGGUAAUUUGAUUGCCUCUCUGGCUAGGACAAAUAUCGGUUGCCAGAGUUAUAUGGCUCCCGAGAGGAUCAAACACACCAACCAAAAUGCCGAGACUUACAGCGUGCAAUCGGACGUGUGGUCUUUGGGUCUAUCGAUUUUGGAGAUCUCUAAAGGCUCCUAUCCAUACCCACCAGAAACUUACAACAACGUCUUCUCUCAGUUGAGUGCAAUUGUUGACGGUGAGGUUCCUGAAUUGGAACCCGGCAGCUAUUCAGAGGAGGCCAGGGACUUUGUACGCCAGUGUCUCAAUAAAAACCCAGACAAACGCCCCACUUACGACCAACUACUAUCGCAUAGAUGGUUACAGAUGUACCCUGACGAAGAAGGUGAACGGAUUCUAAGUGGAUUUGUGGAGAACGCACAAAAGAACCACCAGGAGUCCCGCAAUAAAUCCCAACGAGUCGUUCCGGCACUCCACAGUGGGAUGCCCGUAUGA